AUGCUCGGGACUGUAAAAGAGCCUCCUGAGAUUAGUUUAGUUCUGUAUCCUCAAGGAUUGACUGGUAAUAAAGAAAGCUAUGUCAAAGUUGAUUUGUGUGUCAAAUGCCCACAGACAUAUCCUGAUAUUGUUCCUGAAAUAGAGCUAAAAAAUGCAAAAGGCUUGUCAAAUGAAAACAUUAAUUUACUAAAAAAACAAUUGGAGGAAUUGGCAAAACAGUGCUGUGGAGAGGUAAUGAUAUUUGAGCUUGCAGACCAUGUACAGUCAUUUCUCAGUGAGUACAAUAAGCCACCUUCUAAAUCUUUUCAUGAAGAAAUGCUAAAAAAUCAACAAAAAGAACAAGAGAGACUGGCCCAAGAAGAAGAGCGUCAGAUACAAGAAGUUAAAAGAAGAGAGGAACAGGAACAACGUGAAAUUCUUGAUGAGAUUCAGAGAAGGGAGGAGGAGAAGAGAGAAGAGAAAAAAAAGAAGGAAAUGGCAAAACAGGAACGUUUGGAAAUUGCUGCUUUGACCAGCCAGGAAAAUCCUUUUGGAAAAGACACUGGAGGGCUCAAAUAUGGUUCCAAUUUAAAUGGUGUCCCUCUGGAACAUGGAGGGAACAAUAAACAUCGUGCACAUUCCAUCGGGCGUUCAAAACGGGAACGUCAGUAUUCUGUGUGUAGUAAUGAAGAGUCCCCUGGAAAUCAUGAAGUUUUGUAUUUCAGUAUGGCUAGUGCUGGACAGCUUGUUGUCCACAAAGGAAAAUGUAUAGAUAGGGAUGAGCAGCUUGGUAAAUCAGUCUACAAUGCCUUGGAAAUACGGAGUGGCGAUUUUGUCUUAGUACAUGAAUGGGUUCUUCAAUGGCAGAAAAAAAUGGGAAGAUUUCUUACAAGUCAAGAAAAAGAAAAGAUUGAUAAAUGCAAAAAACAGCUUCAGGGUACAGAAACAGAGUUCAAUUCACUGAUGAAGCUAUAUCACCCAAACAUAGUACGUUAUAUAUCUAUGAGCCUUAAAGAGCAUGACGACUCGAUUGUGGUAGACAUUUUAGUGGAGCAUGUUGGUGGAUCCAGCCUUUCUACAUAUCUGAGCAAAGAGACCCCUAUUCCCAUUGAUCAGCUGCGCUGUUAUGCAACCCAGCUUUUGUCAGCUCUCGACUAUUUACACAGUAAUUCCGUGGUGCACAAAGUUCUGUGCGCAUCCAGUAUCCUGGUAGAUGCUGAAGGGAAUAUCAAGGUGACAGACUACAGCAUUUCAAAGCGUCUUGCUAGUAUCUGUAAAGAGGAUGUUUUUGAACAAACUAAAGUUCGAUUUAGCGAGGAUGCUCUACCCAACAAAUCUGGAAAAAAAGGAGACGUUUGGCAUCUGGGCUUGCUACUGCUUUCUCUCAGCCAGGGUCAAGUGAGCAGGGAAUAUCCGGUCACUGUUCCUAAUGACUUACCUGCUGACUUCCAAGAUUUUCUGCAAAAAUGCGUUUGCUUGGAGGAUAAGGAGAGGUGGAGUCCUCAGCAGUUGUUACAACACAGUUUUAUACACUCUUCCCAAAUGAAAAUACCUGUAGCAGAAGAAAAUGCAGAUGAUUCAGCAGGAAUAGAUUGCCUAGAGACAGUUAUUCCCAGUGGUCAGGUGUCCAAUGCUGCAUUCUUCACAGAAACACAAAGGCAAUUGUCACGUUACUACAAUGAAUUUGAAGAACUACAACUGCUUGGUAAAGGAGCUUUUGGAGCAGUCAUCAAGGUACAAAACAAGCUUGACGGCUGCUGUUAUGCUGUGAAACGUAUUCACAUAAAUCCUACCAGCAAGCAGUUCCGGAGAAUUAAAGGGGAAGUAACAUUACUUUCUCGUCUAAACCAUGAGAAUAUUGUGAGAUACUACAAUGCUUGGAUAGAAAAACAUGAGAGCCCCCUCCUAAGUGCAUCAACAUCAGAAACUACAGGAGAGAAGAAAAUCUUCACCAAGUUAGAGCUUAGUGGGAAACUUGAAGGAGAAACUAUGGAUGAAGUGGAGGCUAAUGCCCCUCCCCCUGUUUUGACAAGUUCUAUUGAGUGGAGUACCUCCUGUGAAAGAUCUUCUAGCAAUAAAUUUAGUAGAGCUAAUCAAGAAUCCAGUGAUGAUGAUGAUGACGACGACGAUGGUGGAGGGGUGUUCUCACAGUCAUUUUUACCAACCACGGAUUCUGAAAGUGAAAUCAUAUUUGAUAAUGAAGGUGAAAAUAGUAAAAGUCCUUCUCUGAAUGAAGAACACAGUGAAAAGAAUAGUCACAGUGAAAAAGAUAAAGUAUCGGUGGUUCAGACGAUACACUACCUAUACAUUCAGAUGGAAUAUUGUGAAAAGAGUACAUUACGGGAUACUAUUGACCAAGCAUUGUGUGAAGAUACCAGUCGUCUUUGGAGACUUUUCCGAGAAAUAUUGGAUGGAUUAGCUUACAUCCAUGAAAAAGGAAUGAUUCACAGAGAUUUGAAACCUGUAAACAUUUUUUUAGAUUCUGAGGAUCAUGUGAAAAUUGGUGAUUUUGGGUUAGCUACAGAUCACCCAGCAAAUACAGUUGAUUCUAAACAAGGGGAAGAUCAUUCAGACAGCAGUCUCGCUAAGCCUGACCCAUCAGGUAGCUUGACAGGGAUGGUUGGCACUGCAUUAUACGUGAGCCCAGAGGUCCAAGGAAGCACUAAAUCAACAUAUAAUCAGAAAGUGGACCUGUUCAGCCUGGGGAUAAUAUUCUUUGAGAUGUCCUACCAUCCUAUGAGUACUGCAUCAGAAAGGAUCUUUGUUCUCAGCCAAUUAAGACUUCCUACUAUUGUAUUUCCAGAAGACUUUGAUCAAGUGAAACAUGCAAAGCAGAGAUUGGUUAUUAGUUGGCUUUUGAAUCAUGAUCCUGCAGCACGGCCAACUGCCAUGGAGCUACUAAAAAGCGAACACCUCCCACCUCCCCAGAUGGAGGAGUCUGAAUUGCAUGAAGUACUUCACCAUACCUUAGCCAAUGUUGAUGGGAAAGCCUACAGGACUAUGAUGAGUCAGAUAUUUUCACAACGCAUCUCCCCAGCAAUAGACUAUACCUAUGAUAGUGAUAUGCUAAAGGGUAGUUUUUCGAUUCGGGCAACUAAGAUACAGCAGCACGUGUGUGAGACUGUCAGCCGGAUCUUUAAAAGACACGGAGCUAUCAAGUUACCCACCCCACUGCUAAUGCCUAGAAAUAGGAAACUGUAUGAACAUAAUGAAGCUUCAUAUUUCAUGGAUCACAGUGGGAUGCUGGUGAUGCUGCCUUAUGAUCUCAGGAUUCCUUUUGCAAGAUUUGUAGCUAGAAAUAGUAUAUCAAACUUGAAAAGGUAUUGUAUAGAACGAGUUUUCAGGCCUCGGAGAUUAGAUCGUUGUCACCCCAAAGAACUCCUAGAAUGUGCAUUUGACAUUGUCACUUCCACUGGAAAUACCUUUUUACCUAUUGCAGAAGCAAUCUAUGCCAUUUCGGAAAUCAUCCAUGAAUUUCCAGUUCUGCAGGAAAGAAACUACAGCAUCUACCUAAACCACACUGCCUUAUUGAAAGCUAUACUCUUGCACUGUGGAAUACCAGAAGAUAAACUCAAUCAAGUUUACAUCAUUCUGUAUGAUGUUGUGACUGAAAAGCUAACUAAAAGAGAAGUGGAAGCCAAAUUUUGCAAUCUUUCUGUGUCACCAAAUAGUCUUUGUCAACUGUACAGAUUCAUUGAGCAGAAGGGAGAGUUAAGCAGCAUAUUCCCAACUCUAAACACAAUGAUAAAACGAAAAACAGGUGUCACACAGCUGGUGAAGCAUGGCAUGAAAGACUUAGAGGAAGUCAUAAGUCUCUUAAAGCAGUUUGGCAUAAAACUUCAGGUUUGUAUAAAUUUGGGACUGGUAUACAAAGUACAGCAGCACAAUGGAGUUAUCUUUCAGUUUAUAGCAUACAUCAAACGGAGACAAAGAACGGUUCCUGAAAUCCUUGCAGCUGGAGGCAGAUAUGAUCACCUGAUUCCACAGUUUCGAGGGCCACAAACACUAGGACCAGUUCCUUCUGCUGUUGGAGUCAGUAUAGCGAUCGAUAAAAUUACCACUGCUGUUUCCAGCAUGGAGGACCCUGUUACUGUUAGCUCCUGUGAUUUGUUGGUUGUAAGUGUUGGACAGAUGUCAGUGGGGAGAGCCAUUAACAUUGUUCAGAAACUCUGGACUGCAGGAAUUUCAGCUGAAAUCAUGUACGACUGGUCCCAGUCGCAAGAGGAAUUGCAGGAAUAUUGCAGAUAUUCUGGAAUUACAUAUGCAGCUCUUGUCUCUGAUAAAGAAGGAAAUCAUGUAAAGGUGAAAUCAUUUGAAAAGGAAAGGCAGACAGAGAAAAGGAUUUUAGAAUCUGAUUUAGUAGAACACCUGGCCCAGAAACUGAAGACCAAAGUCUCUGAUGAAAGAAAUAACAGGGAAACUUCAGAUAAUCUCUCAAUACAAAAUUUAAAGGGAUCAUUUUCUAACACUUCAGGUUUAUUUGAAAUGCAUGGAACUUCUGUAGUUCCAACUGUGAGCAUUAUAGCACCUGAGAAAUUGUCUGCUAGUGCCAGACGACGUCAAGAAAUUCAGGUGCAAACAAGACUGCAGACGUUCAUCACUAACUUGCAACAGAAAAUAAGCGAGAUUGAAAUUCUGGCAGUUGAUCUACCAAAAGAAACUAUAAUGCACUUCCUCUCGCUAGAAUGUGAUGGAGACGAACAAUCAUUUUAUGCAACUGUGAAACAACUGAUGUCACGAUUACCAAAGCAGAAAUACCUACAAGCAGUUUGUGAUGAAAUUUACAAUAUCAAAGUAGAGAAGAGAGUUCCUGUGCUUAUCCUGUACAGUUAUCGAGAUGAUUACUACAAAGUUCUAUUUUAGUUCUUAAAAAAACCCUGUUACUGGGGUGUUUCAGUUGCAGCACUUGACUUUUUCUAAAGCUCCAUGUCCUGAACAAAAAACGUUCGAUCAACUCUGCCACUGUUUUGCAUCUAUUUCAAGAAGCUGUGAUAAAAACAAGGCAGGGUAAAUACUGUUUAUUUUUUUAGUGUAAAGUGUUUAAGGUUUUGUAUGCAAUAUGUAACUGUAACAUACAUCGUCUAAACAAAUUCAAAAUAAAUGUUUUAUAAUCA